CUUAAGAUAACACUCGCUACAGCUCAACAUUUUUCCUCCAUAUGUUUAAUGUGCGAUCGCACACUCGUCAUCAAAGUAAUCAAUAUCGAUCAUGCACGUGACUGCAUUAAAAAUAGUUGAAAUCCGCAGUUUGUCGGUGCCACAAUUGAAUCAUUGCUUUUAACGUUUUUGGGCUUUGGGCUUUGUGUCGACUUUCUUUUUGGCUUUUCGAUUUCUUACUUUUGAUUACAGCUUGAUCGACAGUGCAUGGGCGACUUUCUCUGGACAGUUUUGCUAGGGAUUGCUGCCUGAAAAUCACAUACACGUAUCCUAGCUAUUGGAUUUCAUUUUCCGCAUUUUUUGGUGGGACAACCGAGGUUUCAAAGGCGGGAAAAUCCGGAACAUUGACGAUCUGGCUGGCUUCUCUGCGUUGACGUUGUUAAAAGUGGACUUUUGAGUCGCUCAAUCGGCGAAACAUGGCAGCAGCUACCGCGAACGUUGAUGAAUUUCUGUCGGAUUAUUUAGAAUCCAUCUCCAAUCUCCCUGCCGAAAUUUCCUUCAACAUGACCGUUCUCCGCGACCUCGACGAAAGAUUCCAUAAUAUUGUUGAAUCAAUGCGUCACAAUUCGCGUUCGUAUGCGGCUAUUAUGAAGCAGAGGCGGUCUUCUGCGACGAACGGUGGUCCUGUCGUCAUUGGUGCUGACAAGGACGCGCGCGGGGCUUUGAUUGGGUAUAGGAGGGAUUAUCAAGCUGCGAUGGAACAAGCGGAACGGAAGGUGGAAACUAGUCAGACGGUCUUAGAUCAGUUUAAUGCACACUAUGCACGACUAGAGAAGGCUCUGGAAAAGUGGGAAGACGAGGACAAGCCUGGAUCACGCAAACGAAGGCGAACAUAUACCGAUGAUCAAACUCCUGCUAGACGGCGGACUCGGCAACGGACUGGUGCAGAUGGCGGGACCAGCUUCAAGCGGAAUGGUGGAGGAUCUGACGACGAGGAUCAAACACCAUACUGCAUUUGUCAGCAAGUUUCGUAUGGGGAGAUGGUCGCUUGUGACAAUGAAAACUGUCCAAUAGAGUGGUUCCACCUCGCCUGUGUGGGCCUCAUCCAACCUCCAAAAGGCAAAUGGUACUGUUCACAAUGUCUUGGAGCGGGAUAUGGUCGGUCCUCGCCAUUUGUUUCAUCAAAUCCUCGUAAAUAUGGCUCAACCCCAUCGCUGGAUACGUUUGAUGAUGAGUUUGUGGACAUUGAUGGGGAAGAAGAUGAUCCAUACGCAUUGAAAAAGGAGGGAGUGGGUGCUGCGAGGAGGAGAAGGAAGAUGGAAGCCAUUCAAAAAGUGGAAAAUGAGUAACGUGUGAAUGGGGUCGGUAUGGGAUGUUGGACUGGACAUGAGGGCAUUUUAUUAUUUUUUUCAUUGUACAGUUUUGUAGAUACAUAAACAUGAUACAUCUAUUCCAUCAAUGUCGUUCAGCAUUUUGAGGUUCUAGUCAAAGGACACUUUUCCGCAUUCCCAGACAGAACUCUCCAUUGAGUCGGUAUCUGCUUCAGAUCACCAU